CACCACUUGUGCGUAAACUUUCGCAGUGUCCAGCGAUCUCAAAGUCUCUCUCUCUUUCUCUCACCCUAAACCAUUUUUCGCAUGUUGCUUGUGAAUUCGGAUUCGCAUUUCAGAAAGUGUUCAAAAGAGUGUCUCUUGUUCAAUCUCUCACAGUCAAAAAGGUUCACUCCGCAAAGAACGGAUCCAAGAGAGUUUUUAUUGCAAAACCGUUCGUAACUCUGAUCUACAGAUCCUCUGUCCUAAUCUUACGCUGCCGUAACGGUUUCUCCUCCUUCCCCUACCAACCUUUAUUCAAUGGUAGUGAGUGAUACAUGAGUUUAGAAAAGCAAUCAAAUUUAGCUAGCUGCGACUGCGCGAGUGUGUAUUUGUAGGUUCAAGUGCAGUGGUAGGAGCUACUAUCGCAUAAAGACUUAAUCCUCAGGAAGAGAGAGAGAGAGACAGAGAGAUGCUCACGUGCAUAGCUUGCUCUAAGCAGCUGAACACCAAAAAUGGUGGAUCUAAAGAAGAAGAUGACAGAGUUCUUGGAACACCAAGGCCUAAGCAGACCAUCAAGUCCCUGACGUCACAGAUUAAAGACAUGGCAGUAAAAGCAUCAGGUGCUUACAAAAGGUGCAAACCGUGUUCAGGCUCUUCAAACCGGAACCGUGACUCAGACGCUGCGUCACCUUCUGGGAGGUUCCAUUACGCGUACAAGAGACAAGGAAUAAGCGGAAGCUCAACGCCCAAGAUUCUAGGGAAAGAAAUGGAGUCAAGGCUAAAAGGGCUUUUGAGUGGAGAAGGGACGCCUGAGUCCAUGAGUGGUAGGACAGAGUCCACAGUGUUCAUGGAGGAGGAAGAAGAAGAUGAGGUCAAAGAAUGGGUUGCUCAGGUGGAGCCUGGUGUCCUUAUCACGUUUGUUUCACUGCCUGAGGGUGGGAACGAUCUCAAACGGAUCAGGUUCAGCCGUGAGAUGUUUGAUAAAUGGCAAGCUCAAAAAUGGUGGGGGGAGAAUUUUGAGAAGGUCAUGGAGUUAUACAAUGUGCAGCAACUUAAUCAGCAGAGUGUCCCAGUUCCAGCUCCUUCUAGAUCCAAAGAUGAGAGCUCUAGCAAGAACAGUCCUGCAACUCCACCAUUACAAAAAGAAUGUCCUCGAGGAAAAAGCUCACUGGCUCACCAACCAACCACACAAACACAAAGUCGGCACCACCGUGAUUCAUCUGGUCUUGCAACGACGCCGAAACUCUCUAGCAUAAGUGGGACCAAGACCGAGACAUCAUCGGUUGAUAUGUCCGCAAGAAGUAGUGGUUCAUCAAGGGAAGAAGAAGGAGAAGAGGAUGAUCAAUCAGAGGAGGUUUCUGUGAGUAAUGCAAGUGACAUGGAGUCAGAAUGGGUAGAACAAGACGAAGACGGUGUUUACAUUACGAUCAGAGCUUUACCAGAUGGGACUCGUGAGCUUAGACGUGUUCGCUUCAGCCGAGAGAGGUUUGGAGAAACGAAUGCAAGAUUGUGGUGGGAACAGAACAGAGCUCGGAUACAACAGCAGUACUUGUGAUGAUGCUCUGUGCAAGAAGAAUCUGACACAGCAAAACCAAAACACUUAUUUUUUUAUUUUAUCUUUAAAACUGUUUUUUCUUGUAGAAAGGCUAUACAUUUGAUGGAAUACAACUUUGGUUUGA